UUCUCAAUGUUCUCAUCGCCCAGCUCAUAGGUUACAGCUAUAAACCUGGAAAAAAACAAAUCUCGAUACAUUUCUUCUUCUUUCGAUUCGUAGAAAGCAAAACCUAAGAAUCUCCGACUUAGAUCCAGAAAAUAUGCUACUACGGAGCGCGUCGACGCCAGUUCUCAACUCAUUGGUUCAUGUCUCGAGUCCAAGGGAAUCUCCAAUGGAGGAGAUUCAACGGCCCAGAUCUCUGAUGCUCUCUGCAUCGUCCUCUUGCUGUUAUAGCCCGAUGUCUGUUCACUCUAGUGACGAAUCUACAAGGAGGAUGAAAAGGACGGCGUCAGAUAGCGAUCUACGACACUUGACGACAUCGACGACGAAGCCAUCGAGUAGUAGUAAGUUCCUGACCGGUGCUCUGAUGGAGGACGUGGAAGAAGGGAUCGGAUUCGGCCUUAUACGCAAUUCGUCUUACGAUGGUGAUUUUGGGCUGAGCUGGGCUUUGGAGGAGGAUACUGAGGUUAGUGGCGGUGGUGGUGGGAUGAUCCACGGCGGAGGAAAGGGAAGGAGCGGCGGCAGAUCUGACGGUGGUGAUGGAGAUGGAGAGAAUGACAGCACAGAUGUUCACUAUCGCAAGAUGAUUGAAGCAAAUCCUGGAAACGGGAUUUUUCUCAGUAAUUACGCCAAAUUCUUGAAAGAGGUUCGAAAAGAUUACAAGAAAGCAGAGGAAUAUUGCGGGAGAGCAAUUCUGACGAAUCCUAAUGAUGGGAAUGUUCUGGCCAUGUACGCGGAAUUGGUGUGGACAGUCCAUAAGGAUUCAUCUCGUGCUGAGACUUACUUCAAUCAAGCUGUAGCUGCUGCUCCUGAGGAUUGUUAUGUACAAGCUUCAUAUGCGAGAUUUCUUUGGGAUGCUGAAGAGGAAGAAGAAGAAGAGGAGGAAGAGAGACAUGAAGAAUUUGAGCCUCAAACUUCUCGAAUGAAUUUCUUCACCGGACCUUCUCCAAUUACAGCCAUGUCUUAAGUCAUGGUCUCGCAUCUUCAUCCAUUUAUUUUUAUAUAGAUUUAGGUAAAACGUGUGUCGUCUAUGAUCUAUCUAACCCUUUUGUUUAAUGUGAAUUCUUUAUUGUUGGCCUCUUAUGGGGUAUUUCUCUUGCUCAGUGUUAAGAAUUUGUCUCAGUUGUAGUAAUACCACUGGAAGAAACAUAAGAAAUGGAAUAAAAAGUUUUGCAUUUUUUAUGGGAUGUAAA